AUGUCGGACCGCGAGAAUGGCCCCGUUUCCGUGUCGCUCUCGGAGCGCGACUCCAAAAAGAACAACAAGCGACCCGCCGAAGAUGACGUCCAGGACGACCUGCCCCAGCCCUACAACGCGAACUCGCUCCAGGCCGCCAAGCGCCGCCAGCUUUCGCCGUCCGAGCAGCCGCGCAAGCAGAAGCGCCCCGGUGCCCGCGCCCGCUUCUCCGAGGCCGAGCGAGAGGCCAUUCGCCAGCGCCAGAUAGAGCGCGAGCGUGCCGCCGCCGCGACCGAAGCUGCUGCCGUCGAGCAGAACCGCGUGCGAGGCGUACACGAUGUUGUGAGACAACACUACAACAGCGUCCCUGAGCGAGGACGUGAUUGGCGGACGAGGGAUAGCAAGAUCAAGGGAUUGCGCGUCUUCAAUAACUGGAUCAAGAGCUGCAUCAUCCAGCGCUACUCGCCCGAUGAAGACCACACGCCCGGUUCCCGCGAGAUGGGCCGGUCCUCCGGCAAGGACCUCUUGGUGCUCGACAUUGGAUGCGGCAAGGGCGGCGAUCUGAAUAAGUGGCAGCAGGCGCCUCAGCCUAUUGAGCUGUACGUCGGCCUCGAUCCCGCCGAUGUCAGUAUCGAGCAAGCAAGAGACCGAUACCGGAACCUGAGCUCCCGGGGCGGUCGAGGCGGUCGAGGUGGAUUCCGAGGUGGGCGACCAUCGCGUCUGUUUGACGCCAGAUUCCAAGUCAAGGACUGCUAUGGAGAGAGCAUAGAGGACGUCGAAAUCAUCCGACAGGUCGGCUUCGACCCUUCGCCCAUGAACCGUCGCGGCUUCGACGUCGUCAGCAUGAUGUUCUCGAUGCACUACGCUUUCGAGUCGGAGAAGAACGCCCGCACCAUGCUGCGGAACGUCGCCGGCGCUCUCAAGAAAGGCGGCCGCUUCAUCGGCUGCAUCCCAAACUCUGAUGUGCUCGGCGAGCACGUUCGCAGGUUCAACGAGAAGCACGCCGCCAAAGACAAGGCCAAAGAGAACGGCGAGGAGAAGCCCAAGGACGGCGAGACGACCACACCUACGGGAACACCUCCCCCGGCUGAGCCUGAGGACGGAGAGCUGGAGGAGGGCGAAGCUGAGCCUACAGCUGAGUGGGGCAAUUCCAUCUAUCGCGUCCGCUUCCCCGGCAAGACGCCCGAGGACGGCGUGUUCCGACCUGCGUUCGGCUGGAAGUACAAUUUCUUCCUCGACGAGGCUGUCGAGGAGGUGCCCGAGUACGUGGUUCCCUGGGAGGCCUUCCGCGCGCUUGCCGAGGAUUUCAACCUCGAGCUGCAGUUCCACCGCACGUUCCCCGAGAUCUGGGAGGCAGAGAAGGACGACCCGGAGCUGGGCCCGCUGAGCGAGCGGAUGGGCGUGCGGGAGAGGGGAGGCGGCCCGUUGCUCGUGUCAGACGAGGAGAUGGAGGCGGCCAGCUUCUACAUUGGUUUCUGCUUCUACAAGGUCUAA